GCUCACUGUGGCAAAGCAGAGGAAGAAGGCGCACUCCCCCAACAAGAGCCACGCGAGAGAGAGGAAGCCAUGGCCAUGUCGCUCUCCCUCGCGCGCCUGGCCCUCCCGCCGGUCCUCCAGGCCCUCCCCGGCAGGAGGCAGGCCCACUCCGCCCUCGCCUUCCCGGCCAACUCAUUCUUCGGCGCGCCGCUGGCUGUGGCCGCCGCCGCCGCCGCCGCGCUCUCCCCGGCGGCCCCGCUCCCGCGCUCCCUCGCCGUCGUCGCCGCCGGGAAGGGGUACAAGAUGAAGACGCACAAGGCAUCGGCGAAGCGGUUCAGGGUGACGGGCACCGGGAAGAUCGUGCGGCGCUGCGCCGGGAAGCAGCAUCUGCUCAGCAAGAAGAACGCCAAGCGCCGGAAGAGGCUCUCCAAGAUGGUCCAAGUUAACAAGAGCGACUACAGCAACGUGAUGGGUGCGCUGCCCUACCUCAAAGUGAACAAGAAAGCAGGCUGAGAUCUACCGGGUCUGGUGAAAUGACUGCCACUGAGUUUCUGUUCACCCACUUGUAAUUUUGUGCAUCUUUAUCUGUAUGCCUUUUUUUCUUAAAUACAUACCAAUGCCAGACUUCACAUUCCAAGCAAUCAUAAACAACUAUUCAUAUGGGCAGUCCAGUGAUGUUCCACAACACAGAUGCACUCACUUGGUUGAGAUGUGUGCAUGGAGGACUCGAUUCACUGACAGAUGGUUGUGCCACGAGUAUGACACCAGAAACAAGACACUUUCUUGAGGAACUUCAGGUUCUUUGAGUAGUCAUUGCACACAAAUCAUCUCAGUUGUAACAUUGGUCAGGGCUUCAUACUGAGCCUACGAGUUGGAUCUAGACAUUGUUGCUUGCUUC